AUGUCUACAAGGGCCACAGAUGAUGGCCACCUUGGAGGGAUGAAUGCUCCUGGUGAUGAGAGGUCGAGUAAGAACGAGGCAGGGUCAAAGGAGCAUGUCGAGAUUCUCAACCUCUCGGUGCCGAAUCUUGAAUAUGAUAUUUUGGACGAGGAGCCCGCACUUCGUGCUCGGACGUACAUUGCUCUUGCUGCCAUGUUCAUGAUGAACCUGGUGAUGCUUGUUGCGCUCAUGGGUCCGCCUACUUUCUUGACCGCUAUUGGAGAGGAUUUUAACGACCAAAGAAAUGUCACUUGGGUUGUCAAUGCUCUUGGCCUUGUCCAGGGUGUAUUAGGACCUUUGAUUUCCUCAGCCUCAGAUUUGUUCCAAGCUCGAAAACCAUUAUUGUUGGGCUCAUGUGUUGUAUCAUUCAUUGGUUCAGCCAUAGCAGCACGAGCUGGGACGAUAUAUCAGCUUGUUGCUGCACAAGCAUUAAUUGGUGUCGGUUUUGCAAGCGUUCCCCUUGCCUACUGUGUCCCAAGUGAAAUUGUGCCCAGAAGAUGGCGUCCGAUGACACAAGCUACUAUGAAUACUGCAGCCUGUAUCGGCGCUAUCGUUGGACCGGUUAUUAUGGGUGGUUUCCUCCAAGUUGAUGGAAGGAGUGGAUGGCGGAAUUUCUUUUGGGUCCAAAUGGGUCUCUGGGGAUUCACCGCUUUUGGCAUCUUUGUUGGUUAUCGUCCCCCCAAGCGGCAUGCAAGGCUAGAUCACCUCUCAGUGCUCCAGAAAAUCAAGCAAAUGGAUAUCCCUGGCUGUACCCUACUUACUAUUGGUAUCACCUUGCUCCUUACCGGACUCAAUCUUGCAGGCGGCAUGUAUUCCUGGACUAAUUCUCGUGUUCUUGUCACUGUUAUAGUUGGGGCUGUCACAUUGGGAGCUUUUGGACUAUAUGAGUGGCGUGGUACUCAGACGGGGAUUUUCCAUCAUGAAAUCUUCAACGGACCAAACGGUACCGGGAAGACAGCGACCAUUUCCAUUUGCCUUAUCGGCGUAGAAGGCUUCGUGGCCUCUGCAUACUACUUGUUUUAUCCAAUCCAGGUGGCAACUCUCUUCACGACAGUACCUAUGAAGGUAGUUGCUCGUCAGGAAGCAUUCUGGGUUGGGUGUACUAUAUCUGGCCUUGCUUUUGGCUAUGUUAGCACGAGAUUCAGGAUUGUUCGAGAGCUACUCGCUGCUGGGCUCUUGAUUUUCACUGCUGGUCUUGUUGGUCUCGCUACGAUACAACCAGGGCAUUCGCUGAAUUCACUUAUCUUUGUCACUUUAGCAGGAAUUGGAUUCGGAGCUGUGCUUAUUCUUGUGGUCGCAAGUGUUCAUCUUUGUACACCACACAAGCUCAUAGCGACGGCGACAGCGGUGGUCACCACAACACGUGCCCUAGUAGGGGGGGUUGCCACUGCGGUUUUCUCUGCGGCAUUUCGCACAGCUCUCGAGCAGAAACUUCCCCUUUACGUCUCUGAAGCUGCUGUUAGCAACGGACUCCCCAUAGAGUCCCUUCCUACAUUCAUAGCAGCAUUCCUCAACAAUGAUAGCUCCGCAUUGAGCAGCAUUGAUGGAAUCGACACAACAAUCAUCACCGCCAGCGCUGCUGCCAUGAAGCAGGCCUAUGCCGACUCGGCGCGGAUUCCCUUCAUUAUCGCGGCUCCAGUCUCCGCACUAGCGAUUUUGUCGUGCUAUUUCCUGUCAAACCUGCAAAAGGAAAUGAACUAUCGAGUGGACGCACCCGUGGAAGUCCUACAGACCAAACACGAAAAGCAGCACAAUAGCUCUGGCACGGCAUAA